AUGUUCAACUUCCUCGCAUUGAUCGUUCUCGCAGCAAUCAGCCCCAGCGCAUUAUGUGCCCCUAUCACCAGCAGGGACAUCCCAUUCGGGCAGGUUAUUACCACAUGUACCACCCCCAACACCAUUGCAUUGACCUUCGAUGACGGCCCAUCGUCAUACACCCCCCAGCUGCUCGACCUUCUCAGCGAAUACAAAGUCCGAGCUACCUUUUUCGUCCUCGGCGAAGCCAGUCAGGCAAACCCCCAGAUUAUCCAGCGCAUAAGACAGGAGGGACAUCAAGUUGGCUCCCAUACCUACGACCACACCAGCCUCCCCACACUAAGCUACGACCAAAUCGUCCAAGAAAUGACCAGUCUUGAGUCAGUGCUUCAAAGCUCCAUGGGCAAUAUUCCAACAUACAUGCGUCCCCCUUAUUUCGACGUCAACGACUUGACCCUCCAGGUUAUGAAGGAUCUCGGCUACCAUGUUAUCACAGCCAGUAUUGACACUAAGGACUAUAACCAUAACAGCCCUGAACUGAUCAGUCAGAGUUAUGACAAGUUCGUCACUGAGCUCAACAAUGGUGGUAAUCUUUGCUUGGCUCACGAUACUAAGGAACAGACGGUGGUUACCUUGGCGAAGAUGAUGCUGGAUGAGACGAAGUCGAGGGGUUUGACUGUUACUACUGUUGGUGAUUGCCUCGGAGACCCAGAGGCGUCGUGGUACCGUUCCGGCCGAUAG